UCAAGUUCUCCACACGAUACAUCAUCUGCAGGAAUCAUGCUCUCAAAUAUACCAGGCACCUGCUGCCAGGAUAUACUGAGUCGGCAUCGCGUCUAGGGAGCAGUUGAGUGCGCACAGCUCGUAAGUACACAGGCUGCAUCCUGCAAUCCAAAGGCAAUCAGAGAUUGACCAACCCCUCUGUUCUCCAGGUUUGGCUGCAAUGUUGUUCACUAGAACCCCAAGAGUCACGCGCCUGUCCGAAAAGAGCAAAUCACGAUAUCGACGACCUCGACACGACACUGCAAAGGAAACGAAAGCGCCAAGGCCAAAGUCCAAAUCAACACAAAUCGACGGGGGCUGGAAAGACACUCAGUGUCUUGACUCGCAAUUAUUACGAGUUUGCUGCUUGCUAGAUAGGGGAUGGGUUGAAGGCGCACGCGGAAUGAUCCGGGCCCCUGAACGGAGAGACAUCGUGAAACAUCGGCGCUACGCCGUGGCUGGCGCGUCCAGGAUCAAAGCGCGUCCGCGCAACCUCAGCCCUCCCAUCAAAAACACGGAAAAGACAAAUCACAAACAGGACGCCAUCAAACAGGACACAGACAAGGUGAGGUUGAAGUAUGUUUUCAUGUCUAUAUGCUUAUAUCCAAAAUUCUGGGGCCAAAGUAUCCCUAAUAUAUACGUCGAAGUGGAGUAUGAACAAACGAGUGUAAAGGGAGCCGAAACUCCCAAAGGGUAUAAAUCCCAUAACGGACCCCCCUUUGCUUUCCCUUUCCUUUUCCUUGGUGCCUUGCAAAGCCGUCAUAAAGUCAUUGAACGUCGCAGCACGCAGGCGGCGCAGACGUAGCCCAUCCAAUAAUUGUCCGAAAACUCCUGAUU